GAUAUAAUUGAUACUUUUAAUUUUUUUACAACGGAUGACUUGAUAGUUCAGAUUAUUUUUAUCUAUGUUUCCUAUUUAUUGAAAAUGUAUAAUGCAAGGUGGAUCCAACUGGAAGACAAACUCUCGCCCUCCGUCUCUCUUUUCAAUCUUUUAUUUAUAUAAUUCAUUCGCGUGACGGAACUCUCUUAGCGAUCUAUCAAUCCUUUUUCUGGAAUAUUGUUGCAGAAUAAUUGAGAGAUGGAGCACGAUGAGACAGGAUGCCAAUCCCAUCCAGAAGGCCCUAUUUUGUGUGUCAACAACUGUGGAUUCUUUGGAAGUGCAGCGAACAUGAACAUGUGCUCGAAGUGCUACAAGGACAUGAUGUUAAAAGAAGAGCAAGCAAAGCUUGCUGUCUCCUCAUUCGAGAAUCUUGUUAAUGGAUCGAGCAGCAGUGUGACAGCACCACCACCUGUUGCCAUUGGUUCUGUGGAUGUCAAGACUCUUUCAGCAGAAGUAAAUGUUGUGUCUUUGCCAUCAUCCCAAGCUUCAAGCUCCGGGGAUGCUGUGGAGCUUAUUAAACCCAAGAAGGGGCCCAACAGGUGCACCACUUGCAAUAAGCGGGUCGGGUUGACUGGAUUCAAAUGCCGGUGCGGUGACCUCUUCUGUGGCUCUCACCGCUACUCGGAUAAACAUGACUGCCCCUUCGACUACCACUCUGCUGCACAGGAAGCCAUAUCCAAGGCAAAUCCUGUUGUCAAGGCUGAAAAACUAGAUAAGAUAUAAUGCUGCUCUACUGCUCUGAAAUUCAGCUCUUCAUUUAUUAUUCAGAAAAUGGGCAGUUUCAUAUGCUGGAAGCAAGGCAGUUUAAAAGUAAACACGCAAGGUUUGCACUAUUAUUCGUUAUCAAUGACAAGAAAUUGUUUGUUGGCUCGUCGUGUUUCAGAAAUUCACUUUGCUGGUUUGGGUGGGUAUGAUUGUGAUUAGGUUAUGUGUACUGGAUUACUGGUUAAUUUGUCAGGAUUAUAUCUCAUGUUGAUUCUCAAACUGAUUGGGUUUGUAAAUUAUGCAUCUUCAUAAGUGGAUGGGUUCCCUUUUCUCCAGUGCGUCUAAUAUAAUUUAAAAGGUUUGCAGUGGUUUCAUCAUUUUUUUUCUUA